AUGCAGGGCCUGACCGACCGGGUGUGCCACCUGGAAUCUACCUGUGACCUGCUCCAGGGGGACCUCAAGCUCACCAGUGGAGUGGCUGAUCUCCAGGUGGAAUAUCUCAGAGGCCUGGCCCUCCAUGUGGAGGAUCUUGAUAACCGGGUCGGCGGAAUAACCUGUGUCAAGGCUAUUCUUGAAAUCUUGCACAGGACCCCUAAAUUGGGCCUUUCCUUCUUCACGUCCCCCCUGUACCUGCUCACUAACAACCCCGACAUUCCACCGGGAUUAGGGAGCAACCCUACUCAUGCUUCUUUCAACUUACACAGGUCCGUCACAUGA